ACUGAACAGAAACCAGACAGCCUCCUCUCAUCCCUCCCGGCCCGGAAGAACAGGAGCCUUCGCAGAUCCGCCCCUCUCCCGCUCCGCUCACCUCAUCGCCGUCGCCACCACUUCCAGUCUUCCACUGCCUCAUCCAUCCGCUCCACGACCCCCUGCUCCAGCCGCUCCCGCAGAGAGGGCGAGAGGCCCUGUGGGAAGGGGAGGAGACGGGAGGGCCCAAACCCUAGCCCGCGGGCUCCUCCUCGCCGCCGGCGGCGGGGAUGGAUAUGGUGGUGUCGGCGCCGGUGCUCCCCGCAGAGGUGGAGAUGGGGCUCAUCCGGGACAUCACCGUCGCAGCCGAGGCCCAAGCCAAGGAGGGCGACACCUUCUUCCUCAUCACCACCAGGUGGUGGCAAAGUUGGAUUGAUUACGUCAUUCAAGAUUUGACUAGUGUAACAAGUAAUGGUUCACAUCAUCAUGAGUUUGGUUCAAAAACUCCUAGAAGGCCAGGAGCUAUUGACAAUACUGAUCUAAUUGAUGAUGCGGCACUUGAAGUCUCCAAUAUGGGGAUUGAGAUACAUGAUACCUUAGUUGAGGGCCGUGAUUACAUACUGCUUCCUCAGCAAGUAUGGGAAAAGUUGCAUGGUUGGUAUGGUGGAGGGCCAACAUUACCAAGAAAAGCAAUCAAUACUGGCUUUUCUCAAACUGAUUUGGCCAUAGAAGUUUAUCCUCUACGUCUGCAGUUACUUCUAAUGUCAAGAGGAGAGCGAACCUUUAUAAGGAUAAGCAAGAAGGAUACAGUUGGUCAACUCCAUAAAAAGGCUUGUGAGGCUUUUGACUUGAUACCAGAUGAGGUAUGCAUUUGGGACUAUUAUGGACGAACAAAGCAUACAUUGAUGGACAACUUGGAGAAAACCCUUGAUGAUGCCAACAUUCAGAUGGAUCAAGAUAUUCUAGUCGAGGUUACUACUGAUGCCAAUGGUGGUGCAGAUGGUGGAUGCAUGAGUUCGGUUAAAGGAAAUGAUUUCUUUGAGCGAGAGUCAACUUCUUUGAUUGCUGAUGCUCCAAGAUCAGGAUUGCCAAAUGAGAAUUUUGCAGCCAACAACUAUGCUUCUAGAAGCUAUAACACUAGUCUGACGCCAAACCUCUAUCCGCGAUCUCCCAACGGUGACCUCGAUAAUGUGCAUGGCUCUAGUGGCAUGAUCACAAGGGGAUCACCUUUAGGUCUUACAGGGCUACUUAAUCUGGGAAAUACAUGCUAUAUGAACAGUGCCAUACAGUGUCUUGUGCACACGCCGCAGUUUACUAGAUAUUUUUGUGAAGAUUACCACCGGGAAAUAAAUCGGCAAAAUCCACUGGGUAAUGUGGGUGAACUUGCUUUAGCUUUUGGUGAGCUACUGAGAAAACUCUGGGCUCCUGGAGGACGUGGCCCAGUUUCUCCUAGACCAUUCAAAAUGAAGCUUUCUCGGUUUGCAUCUCAGUUCAGUGGAUACAACCAGCAUGAUUCACAGGAGCUUUUGGCAUUCCUCUUGGAUGGACUCCAUGAGGACUUGAAUCGUGUGAAACAUAGACCUUACAUAAAUUCCGGAGAUGCUGAUGGACGAUCAGAUGAAGAAGUUGCAGAUGAAUAUUGGGCAAAUCAUAUUGCUAGAAACAAUUCAAUAAUUGUUGAUGUUUGCCAGGGCCAAUACAAGUCAACUUUGGUCUGCCCAGUCUGUGGAAAGGUUUCAGUGACUUUUGACCCGUUCAUGUAUCUUUCCUUGCCCUUACAAUUUGCCUCAACCCGGAGCAUGACUGCCGUGAUUUUUUCUUGUGACGGAAGUGUUGCACCAACACAAUUCACUGUAAAUGUACCGAAGCAAGGUAGGUGCAGGGAUCUAUUACAAGCCCUCGGCAAUGCAUGCUCACUUAAAAAUGGGGAGAAACUUCUAAUUGCCGAGAUACGGAAUCAUAAGAUCUACCGUUUUCUUGAUGAUCCAGUGCUUCAACUGUCUACAGUAAGCGAUGACGAUCGUCUGGCAGUUUAUAGGCUCCCAAAACUGGAAAAGAGAGCCAAUUAUAUUCAGUUUGUGCAUCGCCGUGAAGACUUGGACCAUGCAAACAAUAACAGCUUGACAUCUUGGAAACCCUAUGGUGUUCCUCUUCUUGCACAAAUACCUCGCAAUGAAACUGUAACGGGUUUUGAUAUCCAUGAGUUGGUUCAUAAAAUGCUUGUGCCCAUGCUAAGAAAUCAGGACUCACCACAGUUGGCUGCUCAAAAUUCUCUCUCCACAAGAAUGCAUAGUUAUAAUACUGACAGCAGCAAAUUUCAGCUACAAUUGAUUGAUGAUAGCAACACAGUCAUUGAAAAAUCGAAUGAUUCCAUCAGGGUCCCACAAUCUUCACUUGCAACAGUAUUUUUUAUCAAUUGGUCCAAGGCAGAUAUCAAAAAGAUUAACACUGAUCAUUUAGAAUACCUUCCAGAGGUGUUUAUGUAUGCUCCCCCAGCCAAGAGAACCCGUGGUGAAGCUCUCUCACUCUAUGCAUGUUUGGAUGCUUUCUUGAAAGAAGAACCUCUUGUACCUGAAGACAUGUGGUACUGUCCAAGGUGCAAGGAGCAAAGGCAAGCUAGCAAAAAACUGGAUUUAUGGAGACUUCCGGAAGUGCUAGUCAUACAUCUCAAGAGAUUUUCAUUUAGUAGGUCAACAAAACAAAAGUUAGAAACUUUUGUCAAUUUUCCAAUACAUGACUUGGAUUUGACAAAUUAUAUUGCCAACAAGAAGAGUUCAGAGCGUCAGAUGUAUGAAUUGUAUGCUGUGAGCAAUCAUUAUGGCAGCAUGGCGAGUGGACAUUAUACUGCGCACAUAAAGCUUGUGGAUGAGAAUCGGUGGUACAACUUUGAUGAUAGCCAUGUUGCCGCCAUUGAUGAAGACGAGGUGAAGACUGCUGCAGCUUAUGUGCUGUUCUACAGGAGAGUUAGAGAACAAGAUGGAGCAACUAGUAAUGGAUCUCAGUUAUAUGCAAAGAGAAGCCACAGAUCUAGCCAUAGAUAGACUCAUCCAUUGUGCAGAUUCGGUGCGAGGAGAUUUUGGGAAUGGCACCUCCACCUCUUUUGUUGGAACUUCAAGGAGGGCAUGCCUCUACUGUGUCAGGGAAAAGGCCCGUCAGGUGCAUUCAAUGUGAUAACAUUAUCCAGGUGAAAGUCAUGAAAGAUUAAAAGCAUAUUUCCACUGCAGUGCUGCUGCAGAUGGGCAUUGUGUAAGGCACAUUGAAGGAGUGGAUAUACUGGGUAGCUUCAACUGGAAGGUAGAGCUUGGCGGCAUUUUGGUUAUAUGUUUUCGUCUAGAAGAGAAACAAGAUGAAGCAAGAAAAGAUUUAGGAACACCUUUUGGUUAAUUUGAUUUUUUGAUUCCGUACCAUUUUUAGAUUUAGUUAGCCUGUACACAUAGACUGUUGUUAGAGAUGGGUGCGUCGGUGUUGGUUGAUGCUUGUGGUGGCCAACUACACUUGCACCCAAUUAUACCAAGCGGUGAAUGCGCCUUUGACACUCAGUCAUUAGUCUUGCACUACGGAGUUCUGUUGUUACAGCAAGAGUUGUAACUUUUGUUGUACUUGUAUUGUACUGGCAGCAGUUCCCAGAUUGUAAAAUGUAUUAAAUUGCUAACAUCGAUGGCAGGAAUUCCCCUAUGUUUGGGUGGAGAUAAGAAAUGUUUGUUGGAAGAAGUUUGAAA